UAACACCAAUUGUUAUAGUUAUAGUUAUAAUUACAAUAAAAGAAAGAUGUUGAUUGAAGAAACAUUCUACGAUGUUAAGACAUCGUAUAAUACUACCAUGAGAUUAUUUGUUUAUCAUCCUAAGAUUUUAAAUUAUCCUAAAGUUAAAUUCCCCGGAGUUGUUGUUUAUUCUGAGAUCUAUCAAGUUACUGGUCCAGUAUCUAGAUUUGCUAAAGAUAUUGCAGGACAAGGAUUUAUUGUUGUAGCUCCAUCUAUUUAUCAUAAUUUUGAAAGUUAUGAACCAUUGGCUUAUGAUGAUGAAGGUACUGAUAAGGGUAACUUAUAUAAGAUUGAGAAAGAAUUAAAGUCUUAUGAUGAGGAUAAUUCCUUAGCUAUUGAUUAUUUAUUAUCAUUACCAACAUGUAAUGGUAAAAUUGGUGCUACAGGUAUGUGCCUUGGAGGACAUUUGGCAUUUAGAGCUUCAUUAGAUCCUCGUAUUAAGGCUGCUGUUUGUUUCUUUGCAACUGAUAUUCAUAGUCAUGCCUUAGGUAAGGGUAAAAAUGAUGAUUCUUUACUUAGAAGUAGUGAAAUUAAAGGAGAAAUCAUCUUAAUCUUUGGAUGUAAAGAUAAUCAUGUUCCAUUAGAAGGUAGAGAUUUAAUUAGAUCUACUUUACGUAAGAACAAUGUUGAAAUGACAUUCAUUGAAAUUAAUGAUGCUCAACAUGCUUUUGUUAGAGAUGAAUUGAGUAAAGGUAGAUAUGAUCCAGCUACUACUAAGAGUUGUAUGGAAUGGUUAUUAGAAUUAUUCAAUCGUAAAUUAAAAUUAGACUAUGGUGAUCAUGAUGGAAAGCCUGUGACUAUUGAAAAUAUUUGUUAAACUUUUCAAUUUUUUUUUUUUUUUGCUUGUUCGAUGCUCCCCAAAGUAUCGAUAUUGCAUCUUUUAAUAUUAUAUCUAUGAAAUAUAAUACUGAUUUUAUUGAAUUUGGUUCCAUUAUAAGUUUAUAUAGGUUUUGCAAUAAUUUAUGAAACUUUUCAUCCAUCGCACGACUUUGUCUCUAUAUGCAGGCCCUAACAAUUUUCUCUUUGUCCAUCCUGAAAAAAAAUUUUGAAUGAGACAGGGCCUUAACCAACGGUGAAAAGCUGGU